AGUGUUACAUCACAGCAAUGACAGUGCAACGCCAACGAUAGUCCAAUCACCAUGAAAUAAACCGUAACGUAAUCAGAACACUGCCUUUCUCAAGCUGUAUUAGAAAACAUGGGUUAACUUUCAGCUUCAUCCAGUAUACCUUGGAUCUAACCCCAGGCGCCAAGAACCCAAGACAUUAGAAUGGUGAAAGGAGGCUCAGCCGCAAAUGGAGACAGCAAAUAAUGAUAGAACACCUAUUCAAUAGGCACUUAAUCAAUAUAGGUAUUGUAAGACGAACGAGUUAUAAAAUUAAUCUUAGAGUGCUUUCUAAAGUUCUCGCGCGAGGGCGAACGUCUUUUUGAAGACGGCGACCACAGUAAAGACAUGCGUAUGAUAUGCCAAUAGGCUUAAGCGAAUGCGCUCGACACUCUUUUAACUUGAUUUAAUGAAUAAUAUGGCUUCAACAGGUAUCGAAAUUCCUGAAAAGGUUUGUUCGGUUUGCGAUCGAAUACUUUGGUUCGAACUUCAGCCAGAAGAUGUACUCGGAACACCACAUCACACAUCGCGCCGCAACCUGGAGGCUUCUGCGAAAUCAUGUCGCCUCUGCGAUUUAGUACUCCAUGCUGCGAUAGCGAACUACAAAGACUCGCGGGGAAGAAGGAAUGGCAAGGGUUACUGGAGGCAAUUCAACGCGGUCAAGUACCACGACGGAACCAGCGUGCGCGAUAUCACCUACGUUAAGGAAUUGGGAGCAUGCAUGCCAGUCUCCGCGACGGAUUACAACAUGGGUGUUGGGCGAGCAGUUUUGGCAGCGACUGGCAAUAUAGCAAACGACGGUAUGCAUGUCGAUGAUGAACGCGAGAUACGAAGCCUGGAGACGCUGGAUAUCAAUGAGGAUGAGACGACCCACUUACCCGUUUGGUUAUAUGGAAACUGGUGGGCUGAAUACAAGCCAAGCGCCCCCGGAGAUACAGCACCCCUGCGUCUUAUGGGUGUGGGCGCCCGCUUCGGGAAGACCCAAAGCCACCUUGAUGCGCUGAACAACAGCCCUAAUCAGAUUUCCCUUCGCGGGAGUUAUCUGGGUAUCUGCACAACCGAUGAUGGCUUGUUCAAUCAGAUACCAGGCCGCCUGCGGGAAAUCAAUUCGGACUCGGACAUAGCAUUCAAUCGCCUAGAGAAAUGGCUGAAACAUUGCGAAUUAAACCAUCCGUACUGCGGACGUCCGCAAUCAAACCCUGUCCUCCCGACACGAGUAAUAGAUGUUUUUGCUUCCAAUCGUGGAGUUUCUGUUGUUGAAACCCACGGCCGGAGAGGCCAAUAUGUCACUUUAAGCCACUGUUGGGGAACUUCAUCGAGAUUGACGGCAAAUAAGGAGUCAAUCAAAGACCUCGGAGAUGGUAUUGCCGUAUCUUUCCUCCCGAAGACUUUUCAAGACGCAAUUAAGAUUACGCGACGCCUUGGCAUCAAGUACCUCUGGAUCGAUUGUCUAUGCAUCGUUCAAGAUGAUCCGGACGAUUGGGAACGAGAGGCGUCAGUAAUGAGCCAAGUUUACCGCUACUCAUACCUUACUAUAUCGGCAGAUGCAUCCAAAGACAGCUAUACCGGAUGUUUCCCAAAGCGCGAGAAGGAUUCGUACAUAUCUCCAGCCACCAUGUCGCUCGGAUACACUACACCAAGAGAAGCUACGGGACCGAGAAGUCAUUCACUUGCAUACGAACACACAUCCCAACCUGGGAAGAAGAAUUCGGUUUACCUGUUUGAAGAAUGGCUACCGGGCUCUAGCUUCCACUUCCCGCAGAGGAUGGGAAUGAAUUCGUUCGGCAAACGGUUCGAUCCUAUCGCCGACGAACCACUUAGUACGCGCGCAUGGACCCUUCAGGAGCGCUUGCUUUCGCCUCGCAUUAUACAUUACGCACACGACCAAAUGUACUUCGAGUGUGAGACUUGCAUGAACUCCGAAGAUGGUUUCACGUUCAGCGAUAUCUAUUUUGGGAUGAAGAGGCUUCUAGAUACGCAAUGCAUACCCCACAGUGAGCACGGGUUGCCCCAGUCAAGCGGCAUAUCGUUUAUAGUCGGGCAGGAUGCAGGGGGCAAGAGCCCAGGUAUCCGAUGGCAGGGCGGGUGGCUCUCAUUAGUGGAAAACUACAUGAUGCGUAAUCUAACAGUGUCGCGUGAUAAGCUGACCGCGUUGGCUGGUGUAGCGCGGGCUGUGGCGGAAGAGACGGGAGAUCGCUACUACGCGGGCUUGUGGGCGAGACAUUUCAUGGAGGAUCUAUACUGGAGGACGUAUCAGUACGAAGAGAUAGAAGACCGGCGCGAUAUGAAGAUUACGCCGAUCAAAGGGAAACGCAUAGGAACCAUUCGCAAGCCAACGGAAUAUCGCGCGCCUAGUUGGUCUUGGGCAUCGCUUGAUGGACCCGUAAAGCAUCUUCCGCUAUCUUACAGCAACCUAGUUUCUAGGAUUAUUGGGUGCUCAACCACUCCCGCUGGUAAGGAUCCGUAUGGACGGGUAUCGGGUGGGAAGCUAGAUAUCGAGGGGCCAAUCUACGAAGUCAGACCUCACCAACCAAAGGGAAGGUGGGAUCGUCACGGAAUCCCGGUAGAGAUUGAUCUAGAAGACGAUCGCGGCAUAUCAAUUGGAGCGUUGAACCUCGACCUCCCAGAUGAGCCAAUUUCUUGCCCGUGCUAUGCGCUAUUUCUCGAUCCCUCAAGAGCGAUAAUCCUACAAACCAAGGAGUUCGAACCUAAGCGGAAUGAAGACGGUACUAAAGACCCGAACACUCUGGUCUCAAAGCCGAUCUUAACAACAUGCGAUGUCAAUCGCUCAAUCGCUGGAGAUCCGAAGAUGAAGGGCUUCGUAUUCCAAGCGCUCUUUGAAGCCGUUCGCAUUGGUGCUGGAAUAUUUGUUAAAUCAACCAAAAAAGAAUUGGACCAGUCAGAGGACGAGGAAAAGGAACCGGAACUCUGGGACGAGGCGAAGCACGGCAAGCUGACGCUGGAUAAGAUCCUACACGUUUCAGGGGAUCAAACUUGGGGGCCGAUCACGAAGGAUGACCCCAAGGUGUGGGUAACGAUUGUCUAAAAAUAUCGACUUUUCAAUUCAAUCCAAGUUGAGAAAUUCCUCUUGCGACCAAAAAGUCUUUUCUAAGCACUGAAAAUACCUCUUCAUUCGUAGCAAGGUAUAGAGGUGAGCGGCGCACAAUGAUAUAGUACCCGAACGCGAACCCGGUCGAAACUACUUGAUUAUGAUUACUUAGAUUUCUCUAAGGUAUAACUAUAAUUAUUACGCGAAUGAUACAGUAACUUCUUCAACGAGAGU